CUGCUGGCUGACCCUGAAGCCAUCCCGCCGCAUUUCCUGGACAAAGAAGACGCAGCAGCAAAGCCCCAAGACAAUGCAUGCAGCUUUGUGCUGCCGCUGGCAGCAGCAGCAGCAAACGGGCCGCGGCGCUGCGUGCCGUGCGUGUCGGAGGCUCCAGCGCCCGCAGCAGCAGCACGGCCUGCUGCUGCUGCUGCUGCUGCUGCUGCUGCUGCUGAGCGCCCGUGGGGCAGCAGACUCAAGACAGAUGUGGCUUUUGCGCGGCAGCUAAUAGAGCAGCGAGCAGCAGCUUCUUCGCUGCUGCCCGACUGGGCCCACGAGUGGUUAAGAAAGAUCUUGAGCCUCGUGGAGGUCUCCUCCAAGCCAGACGAGAAGAGCGGGGGUUUGAUGGGGCGCGUGGACCGGGGCACCACGCUGGCGCUGCGAGCAGCAAGCCAGGCCAUCUUCUGCCACGUCAGCAGCAGCACAGCAGCAAAACUUGCAGACACAUUUGUGUCUUGGGCAGCAGCAGCAACUCAUCUCGAAGCAGUGCGGCUGGCCAGCGUUGUUGCUGCUGCUCUCGGUGCUGCAGCGCCGCAGCUGCUGCUGCCCAAGCUGCUGCAGCUCGUCGAGAGCCGCCUGCUCGAGCCGCUGCCGCCCCCGCAGCAGCAGCAGCAGCAGCAGCAGCAGCAGCAGCAGCAGCAGGAGGUGCGCGUGUACGGGGUGCGGUUCCCGCGGCGGCAGCUGAAAGCUGCUGCUUCUUCGCGGAGCAUAGAGUGGCUGCUGCGGCUGCUGAGCGCAUGCAUGCGGGGCUGCGGCGCUGCUGCGCUGCAGCAGCAGCAGCUGCUGCUGGCCCUCUGCCACGCCGUGCUGCAGCACCCCACAAAGCAGCUCUACCGCCUGGGGGCGAAGCUGCUGCGGCGCUGCAUCGAAACUUGGGUGGGAGUUUACCCGGGGGCCCUCUCUCACUGCUGCUGCAUGAGCAGCAGCGAGUGGGGGGCCCCCCUGCAGCGGCAGCUGUUUGUGCUGCGGUGGGGGGCCCCCUUUUGGGUCAAGGGGGGCCCCCAGCAGCUGGCCUGGCACGUGCCUUCGCAGCAGGAGCUGGCAGCAGCGCAGCAGUUUGCUGCUUACGGCCUUGCUGCUGUCCGCUUCCUGCUGCUGCCGCUGCUGCAGGACCGCGCUGCAGCAGCAGCAGCGGCGCUUAACGCCCAAGCAGCAGCAGCAGCAGCCAUCGCCGGCGAGGAGGUCGCUGCUGCAGCAACGGCCUUCGCCCAGCCCGACCCCAAAGACCCGGACGCUGCUGCUGCUGCAGCAGCAGCAGCAGCAGCACCAGCAGCAGCAGCAGCAGCAGCAGGCUGGGCCGCCUGCCUGGGGCCCCUCGACGAGCUCAAGGCCCUCCCCGCCGACUUCUUGGGGCCCCUCACCGAGCAGGAGGACCCCCUCACCCACACAGCAGCAGCGCCAGCAGCAGCAGCAGCAGCAGCAGCAGCAGCAGCAGCAGCAGCAGAGGAGAGCAGCAGCAAAACGCGCGCGAGGCUGGCUCGGGCCCUCAAGCUUAUCCGGCUGCUGGCAAAAGCAGCAGCAGCGCAGCAGCCAGAUGAAAGGCCGCGGCGGAUUCCAAUGUGGGGUGUUGUGACUCCUUACGAGCAGCUGCCUGCUGCUGAAGGCCCCAUCGCCAGCAGCAGCAGCAGCAGCAGCAGCAGCAGCAGCAGCAGCUGCAGCACGGUGUCGCCCUUCCGAGCAGCAGCACUCAUUGAAAACUUGGCCGCGCUGCUGCUGCUCGUCGCGCAGACGCAGCUGCCGCUGCCGGACGGGCCUUUGCUGCCUGCGCACAUCGCAGCAGCCGCAGCCCCCGCAGCAGCAGCAGCAGCAGCAGCAGCAGCAGCAGCAGGAGACACGGGAGAGGAAGCCAAGCUGCAGCUGCGCUUCCUUAAAGCAGCAAGGCAGCUGCUGCUGCGGCCCUUCACUGCCUGGAUUUUCGAAGCUGGAAAAAUCAGCAAAGACGGCGGGGGGCCCCACAGCAGCGGGUUCGAGGCCGAGGGCAUUGAGGUCCUUUCCUCCUGCUACGGGGCGCACGAAGCGGGCUUCCUGCAAGACUCCCCCCGCUGCGUGUGGGCACAGGGAGUCUGCAGCGCGUGGGGCUGCCGCGUUGCUGCUCGUCGCGGGCGAGUGGGGGUGUGGGGUUGGCAGCAGCAGCUGCUGCUGCUCGUGCUGCAGCUCGCGCUGCACCACUACGCCGAGUCCCGCCACCUGGCGCAGCAAAUUCUACGCGAAGCUUUUUCUGUUUACAUGGGGAUCCGAUCCCCGAUUUUGCUGCUGACGCUGCAGAUGCUGGAGGCCAGCACGGAGCAGCCGCAGCAGCAGCAGCAGCAGCAGCAGCAGCAGCAGCAGCAGCAGAAGCAGCCGCAAAAGCUGCAGGAACUCCUGCCGCCUGAAGCUUACAAGCAGCAGCGGGAUCCAACGGAGGCGGCAGCAGCCCCUCAGAAGCAGCAGCAGGUGCAGCAAGGACACAAUCACCACAGCAGCAGCAGCAGCAGCAGCAACUGCAGCAACCGCAGCAGCAGCUUAGGAAAAGCAGCAGCAGCGGCACUUGUUGACGCCCCCGAAGAAGCAGCAGCAGAACCAGAAGCAGCACAACACAACACCACUGCAGCGCAACAGCAGCGGCUGCAGCAGCAGCUGCAGCAGCAGCAGCAGCAGCAGUUGUCUGCCGUUCGCAGCGCGUUGCCGUCCUCGCUGGAGGCGACGCCGCGUUUCCCGGCGCCGCUGUCGCCGUCGAGCAGCAGCAGCAGCAGCAGCAGCAGCAGCAGCAGCAGCAGCAGCAGCGAGGAGGCGCUGCAGCACGCGCGUCUGACGGGCGCUGCUUACUUGCUGAACUCCCCCUCAAUGAUCCGGCGGCUGUGGGGGGCCCCACAGCUGCUGGCCUUUUGCUGCAGAUGUCUUCUUGCUGCUCUGCUGCUGCGGCUGCAGCAGCCGACGCCGCAGCAAAGAUUUGCUGCUUUCGCCAGCGCGCUGCUCACCCACAGAGAGGCCCUCGACGUCCACCACAAAGACUACCAGCAGCACAUCGUCCAGGGCCUGCUGAAGCCAACGCUGGAGCGGCUGCUGCUGCGCUGCGGCGGGGGCCCCACAGACACUUUAUCCCCCCAUUGGCGGUUUACGCUGUCGGCAAGCUUCGCCCGGCUAGAUGAUGAGCGUUUAGCUGCCUGGGCUGACGGCCUGAGGUUUGCGCUGUGUCCUUCUGCUGCUCCGCUGCUGCCACAAAAGCAGCAGCAGCAGCAGCAGCAGCAGCAGCAGCAGCUGAGGGGAGCAGCAGCUGCUGCUGCAGCGCGAGCUCGGCUGCGGCCCUUCAUCAACUUCUUCAUCGAUGCUCAAAAAGCAGCAAAUCCGCAGGAGGCCCUUUUGUCAGUGCCCACGGGAGAUUCAGAUGCAGCAUCUUCUGGGGACUUGACGCGGCAGCUGCGUCUGUACUACGCGUUGCUGCUGGUCGCCACUUUUUCUGCUGCCCCUCGCUGCAGCAGCAGCAGCAGCAGCAGCAGCUGCAGCAGCAGUAACGGGGGCUGCUGCUGCAGCUGCGGCUGCUGCUUUGCUGCUGCCACACUGGAAGCUGGCAAGGAGGCCGUGCUGCGCUGCUUCGACCACCCAUACAAGCAGGUUAGAGAGGAAGUGGCCAGGCUAGUGGUCACUUCAGUGAUGGGCUGCGACAGAGAAGAGCUGCUGCAGCAGGAGACCGAUGGUCUCCUCAGCACGGGGCGGUAUGAGUCUGCUGCAGCAGCAGCAGCAGCAGCAGCUGCUGCUGCUGCUGCAGACCCCUGCGGCUGCAGCUGCGACCCCACAGCUCACGCGCAGCAGCUUCGGGUGUACCUGCAGCAGCAGGCAAAAGCGGCGCUGGCGCCCCUAGCAGCAGGAGAGUCCUCUGCUGCUGCAGACCGCGAGGCGGGGAAAAGCCGCUCCCCGUUUCUGUGUCAGUCCUUGACGCUGCUGAACUGCCUCACCGCUUUGGCAGCUCAAAGAGAUUCGAAGACUUUGAGUUCUUUGGGCGCUGCUGGGGGCGGCUCUUUCGCGGUGUACAGACACCUCGCGGCCCCACAGCAGCAGCAGCAGCAGCAGCAGCAGCAGCAGCAGCAGGAGGGGGUGCUGCUCGCGCUGGUGCUUGCUGCCAGCAAACACCCCGACUGCGACAUCAGCAGCCACGCGGUGCAUGCGGCGCACUUCUGCUGCCUCGCCACGCAGCAGCGCCAGCUGCUCUCCGACGUGCUGCAGCUGUGGCAGCAGCAGCAGCAGCAGCAGCAGCAGCAGCAGCAGCAAGGCAAGAGCCUCCUGCAGCAGCAAAGGGACUUCGUCGCAGCUCUCGUCUCCUACAUGAGGCACCCCUCGUGGAAGGUCAGGGCCCUCGUCCCUGCGCUGCUAGAGCUGGACGUCACGCAGCACCGCUUCUUGCUCUGCGGCGACUGGGCCUACCGCGAGGCCCUCUGGGGGGCCCUCGAGGCCCUGGCGGACGGCGAAGCAGGUGUACGUACAGCUGGCAAAAGCUGCUUCACUCCUUUGCUGCUCUCCGCCUCCGACGCCGACUGCAGGUUUUACUCCAAAGUCUUUUUGUCUCUCGCGGGCCCCGCAGUGCGCCGCCCCCGCCCCAGCAAAAGCAGCAGCAGCAGCAGCAGCAGCAGCAGCAGCAGCAGCAGCAGCAACGCGCCCAGCUGGUGCAGGCCCCUGGGGGGCGUGGCUGGGCUGGUUUCUCUCAUUGCAACUUCUCCUUAUUCUGUCCCCAAGUGGCUGCCAGAAACCAUCACAGCCCUCGCCCUUUACGCGAACUCCACGCAGCCAGACAACAUCCGGCGGGAAGUGGAGAAGUGCCUGCAGGAGUUCUUCAGAACUCACCAAGAGGGUUGGGAGUUUUCCCACCGCGCGGCUUUCACUGACGACCAGCUCGACGCCCUCGACACCUACAAGGGCAGGCCCACCUACUUCGCCUAG